CGCGCAAUAUGGCGUGUAUCUCUUCACAAGAUAUCGUGUUUCUACGCAGUGACAGAGGUUUUGUGCGAACUGCGAGGGCAAACGAGAAGAAAGUCGCUUUAGGAAAAACGAGUUUUAGCCUUGAAGGAGCAAUAGGAAAACCUUAUGGGACGACGUUCGAAAUAGACAGGUCGCGUUUAGUUCCCACAGUGAACGAAUCAUCGAGUUCGACGCUUUUGGAAGGCUUUGAGAGUGGCAUUGACAACAAAGACAUCUACGACGAUGGUCAAGCACAGAGAUUGAAUCGAGACGAGAUCACUGCAUUGAAACAGGAGGGGGCGUCAGCCAAGGAGAUUGUCGAACAGUUGAUGGAAAACAGUUCGACGUUCAAAGAGAGAACGGAGUAUUCUCAAGCCAAAUACAUCAAGAGAAAGUUGAUAAGGCAUCGACCUCGUGUGACCAUCGUGCGACCAUCUACUCGUCUCGUGUGUGAAAUGUGUUGGACAAGAAGUCCGUCUAAAUCACUGUAUAUGCGUGUGGAUACUCUGGCUCAAAUGUUGACUAUUGCAAAUGUGCAUUCUGGGUGUAACGUCAUGCUGGUUGAAUCAUGUCAGGGUUUACUGACUGGAGCAGUGCUGGAGAGACUGGGUGGUUGUGGACGGCUCAUUCAGAUUACACACAACGAGAUUGUUGUUCGUCCUGCUCUUGAUGCUCUUCACCUGAGUGAUGAUGUCAGGAAGGUAUUAAUGGACAUACAAUUAAAGGAACUUGAUAAGUUUGGUGGGAAGUUGGAAGCCGGAGUGACUGUAGACGUGAUCAAAGGCAGUAAUGAGACUUGUGAGGAACAUUGUAUUGAAGGAGUUAGGGAUGAGAAGGCAAGAGAAGUUGAUGAUCAAGAAAUAUUGGGGAGGAAGAGAAGGAAGCUGACAUUUGAGGAGAAGGCGGCCAAGAGGAAAGCAAGGACAGAGCACAUAGAGACUGUGAACCGCAUCCUAAUGGAACAGAAGAUGGACAGUCUUAUUGUUGCCUCCAAGUACCACCCAUGGCCUAUAGUCUCAUCUCUGUUGGACUACAUUGCACCAUCAAGGCAAAUAGUGAUCUACAGCCAACAUCAGGAACCAUUGGUUGAGUGUUACUCCAACUUGCGUAGCACUGGGUGUGUCGUUAACUGGAAAUUAAGCGAUACUUGGUUUCGACAUUAUCAGGUUCUACCUCAACGAACACAUCCCAUGGUCAACAUGAGUGCCACAGGCGGCUACAUUCUAUCAGCAACUACUGUUGCAAGCUCACAAGCGUGUAGUGUGUAAACAAAAGGAAUACAAAUCGGAUUAUCAUGACGUCAUACAUCCAUAAUUUCUUCUCAUUCGGUUGUUUGUUUGACAUCUUUUCAAGAUGCUUGAAUAGUUGACAUUUUGAAAAGAACAUUUGGUGUGGUUGAUAAGAAUGUUGUACCAUCUGUGUCGAUGUGGGAGACAGACAACAUGUAGAUUAGUCAUGAGGAAUACAUGAUGUGAUGUAUAGUUGA